CCUUUUCCUCCUGUACGUCCGUCUGCUCGUUCCACCGCCACCGGUCGCCGGCCGCUCAUAGCCACCGCCGAUUCGGCCACCUCCUGGCCGUCCACGGCAACCACCGACAUCGCCACCGCCGAUUCGGCCUCCUCCUGACCGUCCAUGGCAGCCAUCGACUUCCCUCUUGUUGUUUUAUGGUUGUCCUCCCACCAAUCGGGGUAGCCGACGAGUUGAAAACACAUCUCCUUGGUGUGUUUUUGCAUUCCACAGUGAGUGCAGUAUAAUUUUGAUUUGUCGACUUUCUUCCGUGUUGGUGGGUGUCCGGAUCGAGCUUGGGGUGGUCCUUUGGCGGAGGUUUGCGGUUGGAAUACCUCUGGCCGGUGUCGAGCAGUCACGAGUCCCAUUCCGAUGCCUCCUCCCGAUGAUGUAUGGUCGGAGUUUGCGGGGUUGGUUGCCGGUUGUAGAAUGUGCAGCCGGGCGGCCUCCCGUCUCACCUUUGAGAACGCCGACUCCGCUGAGGGAAUGGGAGUCUCUUUGAGGAUGUCUCGUCGGAUUCCAUCAUAUUUGGGGUCCAAUCCAGAUAGGAAUUGGUACAAUCGCCGAUUUCCGAUCAAUUUUCGGUACUUGUUAAUCCCCUCAUCACAGCAGCCAAGGGGGUUGGGCUCCCUUCGGUCGAUGAUCGUAUAUCUGAAAUGGGUCCAUCCCACUUCCGUAGGUGAUGGCCAGACUAUCCCAAACGGCCUUAGCUGUCUGGUGUUGAGCGAAAUUGAUCACCAAUCUUGUUUCCAUAUUCUGUAUUAGCCAGGAAAAAACGGACAAAUCCGUUUCUUCCCAUCUAUAGUACUCCGGGUCUGUCGCCGGAGGUGGGGAAGGUUGCCCUGUAAUGUGACUUGAUUUUCCCCUACUUCCGAUGGCGACUUUCAUAAGACGUGCCCAUAGGGGAUAGUUAUUUCCAUCGAGUUUGAACCCCAGAGUAACAUUGUCUGAAUUUCUCACCAGAUUUGCGAUCUGUAGAGUUAAUUCAUUUGUGUUUGGAUUUGAACUGGUAGCUUCUAUUUCUUCUGACAUUCUGUAUGAUAUUUUUCAGGAGAAAAAGAAAAAAGAAGGCAGAGGCUGCCUUGAUGGGUUCAAAAGGUUUGAGAAAGGUAUGGAACGAUGAUGAUAUUUUUUCUGAGUUCCUGCUCUGAUACCAUGUUUAAAUUGGUAUUUGACAUGAUAAAGAAGAGAUACAAGAUGGCUGUAAAGAUACUUUGUGUUUUGUAUUUCAUAUGUUUUCAUUACAAUCGUUCCUAUUUUAUAGUGUUUAAGAAGAGCUGAUAGUCAUACCAAAAUCCCUUUGAUUAAGGGAUUUUGGUUAAUGUUUGACUGAAGUUAUUGUGCUGCUUUUUCUGACUUCUA